AUGUGUGGAAUCUUCGGCUACAUCAACUACCUGGUCGAGAAGGACAGGAAGUUCAUCCUCGACACGCUUGUGAACGGUCUCUCCCGUCUCGAGUACCGAGGUUAUGAUUCGGCCGGUCUAGCUGUCGACGGUGACAAGAAGAACGAGGUCUUUGCCUUCAAGGAGGUUGGCAAGGUUGCCAAGCUCAAGCAGCUCAUUGAGGACGAGAAGCCCGACCUGACCAAGGUUUUCGACGCGCAUGCCGGUAUCGCACACACGCGAUGGGCAACCCACGGUCCUCCCUCCCGGCUGAACUGCCAUCCCCACAGAUCUGACUCCACAUGGGAGUUCUCAGUUGUCCACAACGGUAUCAUCACCAACUACAAGGAACUGAAGACUCUGCUCGGCUCCAAGGGUUUCAAGUUCGAGACCGAGACCGACACGGAGUGCAUUGCGAAGCUCGCAAAGUACCUGUACGACCAACAUCCCCAGAUCGGCUUCGUCGACCUCACCAAGGCCGUUAUCACCGAGCUUGAGGGUGCGUACGGUCUGCUGAUCAAGUCGGUUCACUACCCUCAUGAGGUUGUGGCUGCUCGCAAGGGUUCGCCCCUGGUUAUCGGUGUGAAGACCCAGAAGCGCAUGAAGGUUGACUUCGUCGAUGUCGAGUACUCUGAGGAGAACGGUGUUCUGCCUGCCGAGGCUGCCUCGCAAAAUGUGGCCCUUAAGAAGCAGUCAGGCAGCCUGCUGUCCCCCAGCGGUCUGCUUGGCGCUCCCGACAAAUCCCUGCUCCACCGCUCGCAAUCCCGAGCUUUCAUGACCGACGAUGGCAUGCCCAUGCCCGCCGAGUUCUUCCUGUCUUCCGACCCCUCGGCCAUCGUGGAGCACACCAAGAAGGUCAUGUACCUGGAGGACGACGAUAUUGCCCACAUCCACGAGGGUUCGCUCAACAUCCACCGUCUGAAGAAGGCCGACGGUAGCUCCAAUGUCCGAAGCAUCCAGACCUUGGAACUCGAGCUCCAGGAGAUCAUGAAGGGCAAGUUCGACCACUUCAUGCAGAAGGAGAUUUUCGAGCAGCCCGAGUCCGUCGUCAACACCAUGAGAGGUCGUCUCAAUAUAGAGAACAAGAGCGUCACCCUUGGUGGCUUGAGGUCAUACAUCGCAACCAUCCGCCGAUGCAGACGUAUCAUCUUUAUUGCCUGCGGAACUAGUUACCACUCUUGCAUGGCCGUCCGAGGUAUCUUCGAGGAGCUUGCCGAGAUUCCAAUUGCUGUCGAGCUGGCCUCUGACUUCCUCGACCGUGAGGCUCCUGUCUUCCGUGACGACACUUGCGUGUUCGUUUCCCAGUCCGGCGAGACCGCCGAUUCUCUGAUGGCCCUCCGAUACUGCUUGGAGCGUGGUGCCCUCACCGUUGGUAUUGUCAACGUUGUUGGGUCUUCUAUCUCUCUGCUGACGCACUGUGGUGUCCACGUCAACGCCGGUCCGGAAAUCGGUGUCGCUUCCACCAAGGCCUACACCUCGCAAUUCAUCGCCAUGGUCAUGUUUGCUCUGUCUCUUAGUGAGGACCGAGCUUCCAAGCAAAAGCGACGGGAGGAGAUCAUCGAGGGUCUCGGCAAUGUCUCUGCACAGAUCAAGGAGAUCCUCAAGCUGGACCAGCCCAUCAAGGAGCUGUGCGCCAAGACUUUCAAGAACCAGAAGUCCCUGCUGUUGCUUGGACGUGGCAGCCAGUUCUCCACCGCCCUCGAGGGUGCCUUGAAGAUCAAGGAAAUUUCCUACCUGCACUGCGAAGCUGUCAUGUCUGGUGAGCUGAAGCACGGUGUGUUGGCUUUGGUCGACGAGGCCCUCCCCAUCAUCAUGAUCUUAACCCGUGAUGACCUUUUCAAGAAGUCUCUUAACGCCUACCAGCAAGUUGCUGCUCGUGGCGGUAAGCCCAUCAUCAUUUGCAACCCAAGUGAUGAGGAGUUCCAGGCCAGCCAAGCCGAGAAGAUCGAGGUUCCGAGAACCGUCGACUGCCUUCAGGGUCUCCUGAACGUCAUCCCUCUGCAGCUCAUGGCCUACUGGUUGGCUGUCGCCGAGGGUCUUAACGUCGACUUCCCGCGCAACCUGGCCAAGUCGGUCACUGUCGAGUAA